CGCUUUGCAGAGAAGCACCACAACACUGGAUUGACUAGAUGUCAUGCACAGGCGCCAUGACGCCCAAAGACAAAAUAUCAUCGACUCCCUCGACCAUCUCAUAUUCCAGCUAUACUGCCUCUCUUUCUUUCUCGCGCCAGCCUUGUUGCCAUUGCUCUGCAGGAUAUUCAGCCACUACAGGGAGGCCGACUCCAAGUUGUCCUUGCGCGCCUGGUUCAUCUUGUUGUGUCUAUCCAACCUGCCAAGUUUCUGGUCACACGUCAGAGAUGGUGCAGCAGAAGGCCGGGCCAUCGUGCUCGACUUUGUCGGUAUGGGAUAUGUACCCUCCAAGUUACACCUCCUGCUGUUGGACGUCUUCAUCGUGCUCCUUCAGAUGGUCCUCACAACAAUAUCCUACGAGAAAUCUCUACACUCAUCCUCCUCGUCCGCGAUCGCUGACGCGUCGCUUUCCGCACCAACGGCUGCAACUGCCUCACAACCGUCCACGUCCUCCUCGGAAGAAGAAAUGCCGAAGCACAGACGCCAUGAACCAGUGUGGAUCGUAGACCUUCAUAUACGACACAUUAUCAGUCGCCUACGUGAACCAGCACCCCAAAGAUCCGAGGCACAUUCGAUAUUGCCACUCCCAAAUACCACACCCUUGUUCAUACCCCUUCAUCUACGGGCUAUCAUGAGGCGACGGGAAGAUGGGAGACGACGCGUUCAAUCUCAAUCUGACCAAGUGAAUGAGGUGGCUGAUACAGCAGGGGUCCCUACAAUGCCUGGGGGCUAGAUAUAGAGGACCUUCGAUGAUCGUUGGUGUAUUUUGUUCUGACCGCCAUUGUACAUGCAUAUAUCCAACAUUCGGGAAGCGGUCAGACUACCAUUUGCGCUUCAUAGCCUGACGCAGACACUGUCCGAAUUUCUCGAAUUCCUGCUUGCAGGUGUCCUUGCGGACGUCGAGGUACGUAGAAAGGAUGCAUUUUCCAUAUGCAGUCGCCUCCGCCGAGCACGUCGUGGUCGAGUGAAUUGCAAGACGUCUAAGCGGCGUCGCCACCUUGUCACUUUGAGUCUGCAUCGAAGUAAGACGAAGGCAAGGGGUAUGG